AUGCCGGGUUGGGAUAGUAGAAAUAAAGAAAGGACGGACAUUAGGCCUAGCAGGGGAAGCUCUGGUUUUGGCAUAUUGCUGUUGUUAUGUGGCGUUGAAUUGGCAUGUCGAACUGAUCAAGGGAACCCUACUGUGUUUUUGCACUGUUCUGGUUUUCAUUCGAAAGCUGAAACCGACGACAUGACCGAAAGGCAGUAUGCAGAUGCAUCGUCGAGGAUGUCGAAAUCUGCAUCGUCUACGGGAUUGGAAGUUCAUGUAGGAAGUAUGCCUUUUUCCCUGGACAAAGAACUUCUGGCCUCAAAAUCAGCUAAAGUUGCUGCCUUGCUUAAAGAGAAUUCCAAUGCAGAUCUAUAUUGCUUGCUCCGUGACAUUCCGGCAGAUUUGGAAACUUUCGAGCUCGUUGCAAGAUUCUGCCAUGGAUAUGCAAUUCACAUGUCCUCUGAAAACAUUGUGCCACUCAUCUGCCUGUCUUUCCACUUGGGGAUGGAUGAAAAUCACUGCAAUAACAAUCUAUUAAGCAAGGCUGUUACUUUCUUUGAGCAGAGAGUCCUCCCUAGUUGGAACGAAAUCAUCAAGGCUUUGCGCUCGUCUGAAAAGUCCCUUCAACAAACGAUGCAGCUCGGCUUAUUCGAUGCCUGCUUGCAUGCUAUGAUUGCAAAGGCAUCGGACAAUCCACAACAUCUAGGGGAACGAAUAAUCGUCUCGAGAAAUGAUGGUGAUGGCGGUGAAAAGCCCAAUGCAAAGAGGAGGCUCUUUGCUCUUGACUGGCAAGAAGAUUUGACAACAUUGUCUCUGCAGCUAUAUGAGCCUAUCAUUUACACAAUGAAACAACACGAAAUCCCACCGGAAUACAUUUCCGCAUCGAUUUAUCGGUAUGCAAAGAAGUCUAUCUUUUGUUGCAGCAGCGGAAGGGAGACUGUGUCGAUUUACAAGAGGAGAUCUCAAAGAAAUGUAAUUGAAACAUUGGAGAAGCUUUUGCCACAUGGAAGAGAACUACUUCCUUGCACAUUGUUGUCCAAAAUGCUCCGAUCUGCAAUCGAAUUGGAAGCUAGCUCGGGAUGCAGGAAAGGUUUCGAGAUAAGGAUCGGAAAGCAGCUGGACCAGGCAAAAGUAAAGGACCUAUCGAUUCCUUGCCAAGGCUAUGCCAAGGAAGUGCAAUAUGAUAUUGAGUGUAUAAGGAGGAUUCUGAAGGAAUUCUACGACAAUUACGAUAGCUCCGAUGCUCUGGGAUUUAUCAAGGUGACAGAACUCAUGGAAGAAUUCUUGGCAGAAGUUGCUUGUGAUGCAAGUUUAGUGAUAGACACUUUCAUUUCCCUUGCAGAGAUGUCCAGGGCAGCAGCAUUAGGAACAAAGAGAAACUCUGACGGAAUAUACCGAGCCAUCGACGUAUACUUGGAAAAGAAUGCUUACUUGACAGACAAGGAGAAGGAACAAAUUUGCAAGGUGUUGGAUUUCCAGAAAAUGUCAGCCAAGGCUUGCGAACACGCUACCAAAAACGAAAGAUUACCGGUGAGAGCGGUGGUGCAGGUGCUGUUUAUGGCACAGCUGCAGCUGCAGGAAACGACGGCGCGUGCGAUUUAUGACGACCACAAAUCGGGGAAAGAGUACGAGGAAGAAGAGGAAGAAGAGGAAGAAGUGAGGCUGGAAAUGGAGAAAAUGAGCAUCAAGGUGAAGGAGCUUGAGAAGGAUUGCCAUGAAAUGAAGAAAGAAAUCACCAAUGGAAGCAAUAGGCAAAGAGUAAAUAAGGGGAAACAGAGCUUGUGGAGUGAAAUGAAGAGGAAAUUUGGGUGCUCCACUAACAUGGAUGACUUGCAUUGCCCUACCAAGAAAAAGAAAGUGCAUCCCAAAUGGGGCAUCAUAUGA